UUGUCAAAGCAAAUCUAAUAACCUGAUUCUUCCUUCAAUCUGUGAAAAAGAUAAUUCAUUCAAGAAUCCGAUGGAUAUUUCUGAUAUCGAUAUUGAAAUAAUUGAAAAAGAUAGUGGAAUGUCUUCAUUAGGAGGAAGUAAAGAUGAUACACCUGAACGCCGGGCAAUUAAAGAUUCAGACAGUGAUGAAAAUUAUGAUGAUGAACCUGAUGAGACAUUAGCAGAACGUCUAUGGGGAUUAACAGAAAUGUUCCCUGAACCAAUAAGAAACAUAUGUGGUGUACUUAGUAAUUUUACAGCAUCUACUGUAAAAAAUGCUUAUAGUUUUUCUUGUAAUGCAUCAUGGAUAUUUUUUACUAGUUCAAUGAUACUUUUCGCUCCUGUAAUAUUUGAAACAGAACGUGCGCAGACGGAAGAAAUGCAAAAAACGCAACAGAAACAAGUUUUACUUGGACCUGGUGCAGUGGGUUUAACACCAACGAGUGGCAACAGUAGUGGAACUCCAGCAUUACCACCAAUGCACCGAUAAUUCUUAUUAAAAUUUAUACUUUCAACUUUAAAUUUAAAGAAAAAACAUAAAAAAGUACAUAUGUUAUAUUUUAAAAUUAGAGGUCUUGAUUGUGUAACGAUCAAAUUGUUUUUAGGAAUCAUAUUUGAGACAAGUAAAACCUUAUUCAAAAAAUAUUGUAGUUCUACAAUUCAAAAAAGAAAUUAACAACUAAGCUAGAGAUAUUGACUAUACGAUAUUCAAAUUUGCAUUUUUAGGGACAUAAAAUAAUACUGUAAUAAUGCAUGUAGAUGUCCUGCAAAAGAAAAAGUCCAAAUAUAAUUACC